UCGAAAACAGCUAGCUUUGAAAAGGUCUUCUUCUCCAAUAUAUAAAUAAACCUUUCCUUCAAUUAUUUUCUAUUGUUCUCUCUCUCUCUCUCUCCAUUUUCUCUUCUCCAACAAGAAAGUCAUCACCUUGUUUCCUCUGUGUUUACACUGCAAUCUUUAGUUGAUGGGCGAGUUUACUUUAACCGAAGACUGGGAUCUACAAGCUGUGGUUAGAGGACGCAGUACCAGUGAAGCUGCCUCUGCCAAUAUCAUGAAUAAUAACCCACCGUCUGUGUUUGCUCCUUUGAAUCUUGAUCAAGAUGAUGAUCUUUGGAGUUUCUUGGAAAUCUUUGAGUCUAAAUCAGAUUUAGCUGGCCAUGAAGAAAUUUGCAAACCCUUUUUGCGCCAGCAGGCUCGUUCCGCACAAAGUAACCCUACUAUUAAUACUUCAAGUUCCGAUUCCAUGUCUAUAAUAUCCAACUGUGAAAUGAAAGAGCCAGAUCAGAAACUGCAAAAGCAGCAAGCUUUUUCUGGAUCUGCUAGUCCUGUUAUUGCAACUGAUGCUACUAUGGCAGCCAAGUUAAAAAGGAGCAGAAAAAACCAGCAAAAGAGAGUGGUUAAACAUGUUACAGAAGAUGGCCUCUCAUCUGAUAUGUGGGCUUGGCGUAAAUAUGGGCAAAAACCCAUCAAGGGAUCUCCAUAUCCAAGCAGGAGCUACUAUAGGUGUAGCAGUUUAAAAGGAUGUUUAGCAAGAAAACAAGUAGAAAGAAGCAGUUCUGACCCAUCAAUAUUCAUAAUAAACUACACAGGUGAGCAUAGCCAUGCCCAUCCUACUCGUAGAAAUUCUCUUGCUGGUAGCACGAGAAUUAAGUCUACCAUGGCUAAACAAGCCGUAGCCAUUAAUGAACCCAAUAACAUGCAAAACAUUAAAAAAGAUGAAACCUUUCCUUCUUCUUCAACAACUCCUUCAAUGACUUCCACUGAAGAAGAUCAGUUGAUGCAAAACGUGAGAAUCAAAAAUGAGGAAGAAGAACAGGUUCUUGAUGAUGGUGGAAGCAAUGAAAUUCCCAUGCAGGACAUAGUUUUUACCGAUGAUAUGUUUCCAAGCUUAGAGGAUUUUGAAGGACUAUUUAAUAUGGAUCAUCAAUUUGCAGCUACUGUUGCUUAAAAGGUUCGAGCUAGCCUUUGCUAAUAUAUAAGAUUAAUAAUCUUUUCUUUUCUUUUUUCUUUUAAUACUUCCCAAAUUUUUGUCGGGUACUUUUAGUUUAGUUUUUGUACAGUUCUCCAUCCUCAAAGAGAUGGUUUCUAAAUAUCAGACAAAAAGGAUACAAGAACAAAAAUCUUAAAUGUUGUGUUUUAACUAUGGAGUUAGUAGUUACCUUUGUAUGCUAAGGAAGUUUGUGUUAAUUAAUUAGCUAUGAGCAUGAAAAUUAUAUAUCUUAA